AUGUCAGAUCAGAUGAACAGCUCAGGCUCGCAGUCAUUCAUAUGUGACGAGUCAAUACUGAAUGAAGAUGUUAAUCAGCCAGAGGGUGCCGCUGAGACUGAACCAAGCUCUGCAAGCCAAAUUAAAAUUAUCAAUGUUAACUCACAAACACCACUGCAUGCACUGUGCGUGGAUACUUUUUAUCAGAACCUAGCCUCUUGCCAUUCCGCACUGACACUACAAAAAUGGAACCACCCUGAGAUGAAAGAUAAAGGACGGUUAUUAAAAUUUGGUCAGUUUAAAGUGACUCUUUUGCCCCGCCCACUGCUCACACCGCUUCCGGAUCAGCUGCCGGAGUUUGAAACCUGUUGGCUCUACCUGGGACAGGACGAUGAAUCCAGCAUGCUUUAUUUUGAAACUGAAGUCAACACUGAGCAUGUAGCUCAGCAGAAAAAGUCUAAGUCCCGUCAGUCCAAAUUCGGUGUAUUUUGGUUUGUUUACCUGAGUGUUCCAGUGGCUGUUUUAUCUAAUCUCAAGCAUAAGUCUUUUUUGGUAUGUAUGGCAAAUGCAAAGGUGAAACACGUUUUCCUCUAGCAUGGCUUAUUUAGGUUGUGGAAUAUACAUUAACUUUUUUUUUUAGACUUUCCCCAAUCAACUUUCUUUCAUGUUGAAAUGUUUAUGUGAUUGGACUGCAGAAAAAAUCAGCAGCAUUUUAAGAAGAUCUUUUUAAAGAAUGCUUUAUUACUUUUUUUAGCUUUUGAAAAAUUGUCUUGAUUUUUAAAACAAUUCAUUCAUUCAAAUUAAUAAUCCAUUCGAUUAAAAGACAUCAAUAAAAAAAAACCCAACUAAUUUAUCAUUGUAAACCAUCAGCUCCAAUGUGACAGUUUUGAUACAAAUCACAAACAGUUUGAGGUCACUGUUUAUGGAACUGAAGGCAUUGUCCUCAAGCUGUCACAUCCGAGUGAAUGCCUCCGAAUUAAAACACCCCAGGUUGCAGUACAGAGGUUAAUGGAAUAUUUCUAUAACCAUUCUCUGCCUUACAGUAAGUUUUUAAUUUAUGAAGAAAACACAGAACUACUUGUGCCAGAGGAUAACUUAGAAUAGCCAGUUUUUAUAAGUGAAGAUGAAAAUUGUUGAUAACUUAGAAUAGCCAGUUUUUAUAAGUGAAGAUGAAAAUUGUUGAUACCUUAGAAUAGCCAGUUUUUAUAAUUGAAGAUAGAAAUUGUUGAUACCUUAGAAUAGCCAGUUUUUAUAAGUGAAGAUGAAAAUUGUUGAUAACUUAGAAUAGCCAAUUUUUAUAAGUGAUGAUAAAAAUUGUUGAUAACUUAGAAUAACCAGUUUUUAUAAGUGAAGAUGAAAAUUGUUGAUAACUUAGAGUAGCCAGUUUUUAUAACUGAAGAUAGAAAUUGUUGAUACCUUAGAAUAGCCACUUUUUAUAAGUCUAGAUGACAAUUGUUGACAACUUAGAAUAGCCAGUUUUUAUAAGCCAGGAUAAGAACAUUAGAACAUAUUUAGUGAAAGUUAUGUGAGCUGUGUUUAAGGUUGGAAGGGAGAAAAAAAAGAAUACUUUAAAGAUAAAUAAAAAUUAUCGUUAAUUACUCAUAAAAUUCAGACCAUUACAAUCUUAUGAGAGCAUAAUGAAUCUUUGCCGUGUCUACCUUAGAAACUCUUUUUGAACAAAUAAUUUUUCAAUAAAAUGCUAUUUUCCCCCCAUCAGAGUUUGAAGGCAUAGAAAGAACGACAGGCCAUGAUUUUUUUCAUCUGUAUGAAAGUGUCAUGGCUCUCCACCAUCAGAGGCUGUUGCGUGAUGAUAGGUGGCCGCAAGAGGUGGAUGGGAUCCACCACAGCUGUCUGAAGCCUGUACUCAGACAUUAUCAAAAAGAGAGUGUUGCUUGGAUGCUGAGACAGGAGAAAGCACAAAAAGUUGCAGAAAAUGGUGGGUACCCAUUCAUACGAUCAGCAUUGUAGUAUUGUAUACAACUGAAUUUUGAACAACGUAUAUAGAGUAAACAGAACAGAGUCUGCGCUAUAACAUUGUUUUAUAAUCUCAAAAAAGCAUUACCCAUUCACACAUAAAGUAUUUUUUGACGAGAAAGUGCUUCACUAACAGUGCAGCAGGUGCUCUGAAAAUUCAAAAUCAAAGCAAAGAAAUUGGGUCUGAGUAGGUGUCACAGCGACUGUGAUGGGAGGAGGGGGGGUUGGUCAACUCCUCUGUCACCUCUCUGCACGUGCUGCACUACUCCAUAACCCGCCUCAAUCCUCAGUUAAAGUAAUGAACCUUCUGCCUGGUGGGUGAGUGAGUGAGUGCACGCUGGGAAUGUUGUGAAUCACUUGUUUUACCUAAACCACAUGCAAAACUGACAUCAUUUUUGACUGACUCUAGUUUCCACUUCAAAGUCAUCUGUGAGUCUACCUUCGUUGACCACCCUUCAUGUCAUUUCUUCAUAAGAGCUCUGAAUGAUCCUGACUAGUUUGCCUGGUACUCUCUAGUGCCGAAGAAGUUUCAACAAGGUUUGUUGGUCCAGGCUAUCAAAAACCUUUUCGUAGUCUAUAAAAUUUAUAUAUGGGGGGAGUUCCAUUCGAUGGACUGUUCUACAAUGAUUCUUAGUGUUGCAAUUUGAUCUGUGCAUGAUCGGUUUUGGCGGAAGCCAGCCUGUUGAUCUCGUAGCUGCAUGUCGACCUGGUCUUUCAUUCUUUAAAAAAAAAUUCUGUUGAAGACCUUUCCUGGUACAGACAGCAGUGUAAUUCCUCUGUGAUUUGCACAGUUGCCGAGAUCCCCUUUUUUUGGGAUCUUGAUGAGGUAUCCUUCUUUCCAAUCUUUUGGAACUCUCUCUUCUUGCCACAUCAUUUUUAGACCGUAGUAAUUUCACAUUUAACAAGUUCAAGGUUGUAAGUUUUCUUUUCCACUUGCUCAUUUAAAAAAAAAAAAAAAAGAAAGAUUUAAAAAUCUUUAUAAAAUCUCUUCAGAACUGCAUCCACUCUACUGUGGCGCCAAGCUGCAAGACGGGACUGUACUUUACUAUAACAAAUAUGGAGGAUGGUAAGUGUGUUAUUUAAGGACUGUCCACAGUAAUAAAGUGUGAGGAAAAAGCAAACAUAACCGAACGGCUGCAUGUCUACAGGAAGGAGUUAAAGUCUACAGGAAGGGGUCAAUGUCUACAGGAAGGGGUUAAAGUCUACAGGAUACAGGAAGGGGUCAAUGUCUACAGGAAGGGGUUAAAGUCUACAGGAAGGGGUCAAUGUCUACAGGAAGGGGUCAAUGUCUACAGGAAGGGGUCAAUGUCUACAGGAAGGGGUUAAAGUCUACUGGAAGGGGUUAAUGUCUACAGGAAGGGGUUAAAGUCUACAGGAAAGGGUUAAUGUCUACAGGAAGGGGUUACAGUCUAUAAUAAGGGGUUAAUGUCUACAGGAAAGGGUUAAAGUCUAUAGGAAGGGGUCUCUCCCACUCUUUGUUACACCACUUGAUCCUUAGAUGAGAAUUAGUCUUAAUCUAAUCCUAUGAAGCCUAUAACCGCUGUUUAGUAUUGAUAUCAUCUGAUUAAUUUGCAUAAAAAAUAUUCUCAUUGUGCUUAAAAUAGCUGUUCCUUUUUUUUCAUCUUUUAUCUUCAGCCUCGUCAAAGAAAGGCCCAAAGCCCUACCCAAUUUACCAGGUGGUAUCCUGGCCGAUGAGAUGGGGCUCGGUAAAACUGUCGAGGUCCUUUGCUGUAUGCUCCUUCAUCCCAGGUCAGACAUCUCACUGCCAGAAGAGCUCCCCGUCCUCGACGAUUCUCUGAGUGAUAGUGAUGAAAACACUUCCGCGGCCGACGACCCUCUUGCCUUAAAGCAGAACGGUGGCCAUGACUCAACGGGGAAAACGGGUGACUCUGAAUCUCACACCGAGGCUGAGUCGGACGGCCGACAGCAAAGAGAUGUUUUUGAAAAUAGCUCCACGUCGGACGAGCCUGGGGCGGCAACCAUAAACACACAUGCGCUGACGGGACGGCCACCUAAUGACCUCCCGUCUCUAGCUGUCACUCAGGCCAGUGGUGUUGUUGGCAAGGAGGGCUCAUUGCCUUUGAAUGAGACGAGAGACUCAAGUGUCAGUGUCGACUGCCAAGACU